AUGGGAAAUACUUCAAAUGCGGUUGGGUCUGCUGUGACUCCUGUGACUGUAGCAGAGUUGCCGGGACUUAACACUCUUGGUAUCUCAAUGGCACGUAUUGACUUUGCCCCACAGGGUAUUAACCCCCCACAUACACACCCUCGGGCCACUGAACUUUUGACAAUUAUGGAAGGCCGUAUUCUAGUCGGGUUUGUCACAUCCAACCCUGAAAACCGACUCAUCACAAAAGUACUUCAGAAAGGCGAUGUUUUCGUGUUCCCAGAAGGUCUAAUUCACUUCCAGAAAAACGUGGGAAAUGGUUAUGCCGUUGCUAUUGCUGCUUUGAGUAGUCAAAAUCCAGGUGUUAUUACCAUUGCAAAUGCUGUGUUUGGAUCAAAUCCCGAUAUCACAGCAGAUAUUCUUGCAAAGGCUUUUCAAGUUGACGUCAACGUGGUCUAUCAAAUUCAAUCUAAGUUCUAG